AUGACUUCUCAUGCUUUCAAUUCCUACAAGAAGGGAAAAUUAUUGAAUGCUUUGGAAAUAAUAAACGAAUCUCGUUCCGUCCAAGGAAACGGAUUCGACUAUGAUUUCUUGGAAGGAGUGAUCUUUGAAGACUUGGGGGAAGAAACGAAAGUGCUGCAGAAGAAGAUCACCUAUGCGAUGGGCUCUCUUGAGUGCUUUUCAAGGAUCGAAACGACGCACAAGGCAAAGCCACUUUUCAAGUUGGCCGAACUGAUUGGUUCAAAGAUGUACUACAAGAAGUUCUCGGCCAUGGCAGAAGAAGGUUUAAAGAUCAUCAGUUCGGUUUUGUCUUCCCAGGUAUUGGGCAAUGAUAAUGGAGUAUAUACUCAGUUACACAAGGAGAAGGAGGAAUUGGAGAUGUUAAUAAAAACUGCAAAGUCAAGGAUCGCUGAUCCCGAGACUCUGGUUCCUUGUCCUGUUGAAUGCAAACAAGAACAUAUCAAGGGGUCAAAGAAACAGGAAGAGAAGAGAAGGGAGAAUCAUGAGAUUGUUGAAGAUGUGAGGGCUAGAUGGGAGAUUUCGAGCGUUGGGACAAAAAGGAGCUACAUGAAAGUAAGCAUUGCGGAUCUCAGGUUGUAUGUGAGGGAGAAAUUUCGCAAAGCUGGAGAGGAUGCUUUGGAACAAGUUCUCGCUUACGCAAAGAAGAAACAAAAAUGGAAGGUUUGGAUAUGUAGAACAUGCCCCAAAAAGUUCACUAGUUGCGAAGAAUGCAGGAGUCAUCUUGAACAAGAACAUGGUGCGAAACUCAAACUGUCUUCGAGGGUAAGUGAGGUCUGGGCUGAUAAGGUAUCGGUGGGAGUCUGGAAACCAGUGGAUGCAGAAGCUGCCGUUGAAAUGAUGAAGAAGGAUGUGAAAGCGUUUGAAUAUCAGGAUGGAUGGUGCAAAGAGUGGCCUUUAGCUGAAGAUGAAGAGCGCAGUGAGGUACUGGAUGGAAUCCGAUCGCUCCUGGUUUCAUUUCGUAAGCACAAAAUCCUCUCAGAAGGCAUACGAAACAGGAUGAUUGAUGCUGUGGUUACGUUUCUAGGAAAACUAAAAGUUUCCAAGCAAACUGUUACUGAUUGUGGCCUUUUGGGGACACCUAAGAGUAUCUGUUUUCUGGAAUAUGGUGAGCUCAAUAAAAUCCUGGACUUGCUAAGAAGCAUCAAGUGUAAGAGGCAUGACGGUAUAGAUCUAGUCUGCAGCGCAGUGGAGAGUUACUGCGGUGGUACUAGAGUUAAGGAGAAGAUGGAUUUCGACUCAAGUUUUUCAUUUCUACUUCUCGAUAAGAGACUGCUACAAGACAGUGUUGAUGGUCGUCCGUUCGAUGAGGAAGGCAAAAUUAGUUUUAUCGAUCCCAGUCUUCACUGCGCCCGGGCUAGUGGUAGUGGGGAUGCGUUCCUGUCCUGGUUAGGCGUUUACUCUUCAGGAGAUGGUAGAUUUCGAUUCCCCAGGCAUGUGGAGGCACACAAUCUGGAUUUUUGGAGCGCUGCUCUGAGAGCCUUUCAGUUCACGUGUAGGACUCUGGGAACCAAACAUGCAAAGAAAACGCAGUGGCUUACUUAUGGUGCUGCCCUUAAUGACGCCAAGGAGUUGUGUGCUACUAUGAAUCCUCAGGGACGCCAACAGAACGUAAAUGCAACUCUCCUACGCACUAGAUGUGAAGAGAGUGAAACUGGAGAUUUAUUCUUGUGUGCAGUAGCAGAUGUUCUGAGUAAAGAAUCGAAUCCAAAACUUGGUUCUCCAGAUUUAAAGGCUAUGCGUGAGGCGACACAUCUCUGGGAUUCUCAAGUGACGGAGUCCAUAGCGCGUUUGGAAUCAGUGGUCAACAACAAGGUUGCUCGAAUGGAGUCAAGGAUUCUGCUGAUUGAAAACUCAAGGAUUGAUUUGCUCAAUUCCCUCACCAGACUCUGUGGUUUUGACUACCGGUGUUAUAUACAUCCACCGCUGAAAGAACAUCUGCUCGCUCGAUUGGAUCGUCAGUUUCCAUAG